UAUAGGCAGAGUUGGGGAAAUUGCAUCCAUUUCCAUCCCAGAAAAUGUAAAAUCCUAUUAGGACGCAUGGUGGCGUUGCAGGAUAAGAAGGUACAAACCGGAACCGCAGCUCUGGUUCCAUUAACAGGCAAAACUUACCAACAGAGCCUGGAAGACACAGGAAGCUUGGACGCCAAGGAAGGAGGACUGGGAGGUGAAAAAGACUAUUCACCAGGAUAUUUCUGAGGUAUCUUGUGGAUUAAUCGGUCUCAGAUACUGGGGUUUUACACUUCAGUGAAUUCAUCCUGUCAGGAAGCUGUACCACGCAAGAACAAUGGAGGCCAGCAGGAAGCUCAUUUGCAGACAAAGGCAAGUCAUUUUAAUCUUUCUCCUCUUGGGUUCAUCUCUGGUUGGGGCGGAACCUAGGCGCUAUUCCGUAGUGGAGGAAACUGAGGGCAGCUCCUUUGUUACCAAUUUAGAAACGGACUUGGGUCUGGGGCAGAGGGAGCUCUCCAGACGAGGGGCUAGGGUCACUUCCAAAGGGAACAAACUGCGUUUGCAGCUCGAUUUGGAGACAGGGGAUCUGCUGCUAAAUGAGAAACUGGACCGUGAGGAACUGUGCGGUGACACAGAGCCCUGUGUGCGACAUUUCCAGGUGUUGCUAGAAAACCCCUUGGAGUUUUUUCAAGCUGAGCUGCAAGUAGUAGACAUAAAUGACCAUUCCCCGGUGUUCAUGGACAGAGAAAUAUUACUGAAAAUAUCAGAGAGCAGUCCUCCCGGGACCACAUUUCCUCUGAAGAACGCCCAGGACUUGGAUGUGGGUCGAAAUAAUAUUGAGAAUUAUGUCGUCAGCUCCAACUCCCAUUUCCGGGUCCUCACCCGCAAGCGCAGCGACAACAGGAAAUACCCAGAGCUGGUGCUGGACAAAGCACUAGAUCGGGAGGAGGAACCUGUGCUCAGGUUAACGCUCACAGCCCAGGACGGUGGCUCUCCACCCCGGUCUGGAACAGUCCAGGUCCGCAUCGAAGUCGCCGACACUAAUGACAAUGCCCCUGAAUUUGAGCAGCCUCUCUAUAAGGUGCAAGUCCGGGAGGACAGUCCCAUAGGCUUCCUGAUUGUCAGGGUCUCUGCUACUGACAUAGACAUAGGAGCCAACGCACAGAUUUCUUACUCACUUUUCCAAGUUUCAGAGGAGAUAAGCAAAACCUUUCAGGUAAAUCCCACGACAGGAGAAAUUCGACUGAAAAAACAACUUGAUUUUGAAACAAUUCAGUCCUAUGAAGUCAAUAUGGAGGCAAGAGAUGCUGGAAGCUUUUCUGGAAAAUGCACUGUUUUGGUUCAAGUCAUGGAUGUGAACGACAAUGCCCCAGAAAUUUCCAUUUCUGCGUUUACCAGUCCAAUACCAGAGAACUCGCCUGAGACUGUGGUUGCAGUUUUCAGUGUUUCAGAUCUUGAUUCAGAAGAAAAUGGGAGACUAGGUUGCUCUGUUCAGGACGAUCUACCAUUCCUCUUGAAAUCUUCACUCAAAAAUUUUUACACUCUGGUAACAGACAGACCGCUGGAUAGAGAGAGUAGAUCUGAGUACAAUGUCACCAUCACCGUCACGGACUUGGGAACUCCAAGGCUAAAAACACAGCUCAAUGUAACCAUCCUGAUCUCUGACGUCAAUGACAACAUGCCCACCUUCUCCCAAACCUCCUAUACUCUAUUGGUCCGCGAGAACAACAGCCCCGCCCUGCACAUGGGCAGCGUCAGCGCCACAGACAGAGACUCAGGCUCCAACGCCCAAGUCACCUACUCACUGCUGCCGCCCCAGGACCCACACCUCCCCCUCGCCUCCUUGGUCUCCAUCAACGCGGACAACGGGCACCUCUUCGCUCUCAGGUCACUGGAUUACGAGGCCCUGCGAGCCUUCGAGUUCCGCGUGGGCGCGACAGACGCAGGCUCCCCAGCGCUGAGCAGCGAGGCCCUGGUGCGUGUGGAGGUCGUGGACGAAAACGACAACACGCCUUUCAUCCUGUAUCCUAUGCAGAACAGCUCUGUGCCCUCCACAGAGCUGGUGCCCAGGGCGGCUGAGGCGGGCUACCUGGUGACCAAGGUGGUGGCGGUGGACAGAGACUCGGGCCAGAACGCCUGGCUGUCCUACCAGCUGCUCAAGGCCACGGAGCCCGGACUGUUCAGCGUGUGGGCGCACAAUGGCGAGGUGCGCACAGCCAGACUGCUGAGCGAGCGCGACGCCGCCAAGCACAGACUCAUCGUGCUGGUCAAGGACAAUGGCGAGCCACCAAUGUCGACCACCGUCACGCUGCACGUGCUCCUGGUGGAUGGGUUCUCGCAGCCCUACCUGCGGCUACCAGAGGUGGCUCUGGAUGAAGCCAAAGCCGACUCGCUCACCGUCUACUUGGUCAUUGCAUUGGCGUUGGUCUCCUCUCUCUUCCUGUUCUCAGUGCUCCUGUUCGUCGGGGUGAGGCUGUGCAGGAGGAACAGGGCCGCCUCGGUGAAUCGCUUCCCAGCGUCUGAGGGCCACUUUCCAGGCCACUCUUUGGAAGUCAGUGGGACUGGGACCCUGUGCCAGAACUACCAGUACGGGGUGUGUCUGACUAGAGGCUCAGAGACCAGCGAAUUCAAGUUCCUGAAGCCAAUUUUACCCAAUUUCCAGAGCCACUCCCCUGGGUCAGACACAGAAGAAAACCCCAACUUUUGGAAUGAUUUUGGUUUCAGUAUUCAGUGACAAUAAUUGUUUUUCAUAGUCCAUAUUUUUAAGAUUUCAUGGUAAAUUCAUGAUGACAGUUUUUUUGGCCAACCUAUUGUGGAUUUGAAAUUGCACCAAACUUGCAUGCAAAAUUUUUCAUGUUAUCCGUGUCUUUUUAAAUUGUAUGGUAUCCUGCUUUCAUGCCUAUAACAAGAUCAAUGGUCCUCAAUCUUGGCUUUUGAAACAUAAAUGAAGUCAAUAUCUGCACAAAUGCUUGUUCUGGAAUAGCUGAGGAAUGUGUUAGGAAAGAAAAAGCAGAAAAUUAAGUCUUUAUAAUCAUAAAGUAGCAAAGCACUGACAUUUCCGUUAGAGUAUGCCUAAUUGGGAACGAAAGACCAUGUGUGUAGAGGGAAUGUCUGGUUCUUGACUUUUGCUGCCAUCAUGGUCACCAAACUUCUUUGAAGUUGUUUUCUCUUAAAAUGUUAUGUUAAAACUGUUAUACUAAUUGUGUCCUUCCAUUAAUAUAUCCGUGUUUGUUUUAAUACAACUUUUAAAUUGCUUUCCAUUUAUUUUCAUUGGUUUUAAAAGUGGAAAAAAAUAGCUAUACCAUGUUUAUCCUAUGAGAUGAAGUAGCAUGGUAGUGAAACUGGCUUUUCCCAUUUUAAGAAACAGUAAACAUACUUUUUCUGUGACAGAAACUGCAGUAGCCACCCAAUAUCCAUUUAUCUUUUUUUUUUCUUUAAUAACAGAUCUCAAAUUUUGUUCAGGACAUUAAUGUGUCUCAUCAAAAGAGUGAAUUUUCCCAGCCUCCUCAACAGCUAGGACUGGAUGUAUGUUUAGGUUAUAGUCCAUGUACAAAUGUGCAGGAGACUUCCAAUAAAUCUACUUAAAGGGAGAUGGCUUACCUAGGAAGGGGGUGCUUUUUUUCCUUCCCUGAUUGCUCCUUGCUGCCUAGAAUGUGAAUGUCUUGGCUGUGCACAAACAGCCAUGUUGGAUCAUAAAGCAACCUUAGUGAUGUAAACAAUGGGCUGAGACAGCAUAGAAUACACUUAAAAGGAACAAGAGUCCCUGAUGAUUAUGAAGUGGUCAUAUUGUCCCUGGGUUGCUUACUUCUGAAUGUCUUUUACUUGAAGAAAUAAGAAAACUUCCAUCUCAUUUAAGCCACCAUUAUUUUAGUUUUCAUGGUGCCUCCAGUGGAAUCUAAUUCUAAGUUGUUUUUGUUUUGUUUUCCUUUUCAUAGUAAGUUUUUAGUAAGAUACAUACAUACACUGAAAUGCACAGAUCUUAAAUGUACACUUUGAUUGACCCGAUGUUUUAUUCUAACUCAAUUAAAAGUUGUGUUCAGAGUGCUUUACACACAUUAUCUUUUACUUCUCUGCCAAACCCUAAGAACAUUGCAUUAUUAUUCCCUUUUACAUGAGGAAACUGAGGCUUAGAAAGGUUAAGUAACUUGCUCACAAUUCUGAGAAAAAAAAAAAAACAAGAGAAAGUGAUUUAGAUCUAAUUUAAGUCUAUCUGAAUCAAAUGUCCAAGUUCUUAACCAAUAUGCUAUACCGUUAGGCAUUAACUGGUAGCAUUAUCUUCCUCACUGAUGAAGGGAAAUCUAUCAGUUAUUCCUAUGACUGUUCCGUGAACUGAACACUCAUGCAGAAAUGUAACUUACAGCUAGUGGUUUAUUUCUAUACCAAUGGCCUCACUGCUCUGGGCCAAUGAAGCCAAAGUUUUUACAAAAGCACCACCGUUAGUAAGCUGAGUCGGACACCACAACCGCACUUCAUCAUGAAGGAAUCAGCCUGACUCUCUUCCUAUAGCUUCUCGAUAUAUGGAACUCAUUAUUGCAGAAAUAAGUGUCUUGAAUAGGGAGUGGAGUUACCCUAUGAUUUUAUUUCUUGAAAUUUUUGUUUUGUUUCUUCACUCUUUUUCUGUCAACUGAAUAAUAUGUAUUUUUGUUUUCUUUGGAAAUCUGAAA